GGGGCCGCGGCUCCUCCCUCGCUCCCGCAGCCGCAGUCGCCGCCGCAGCGCCGAGGAGGGAGCUGGAUGGUGUGAAGAGAGGAGCUGCUGGCCUUUCCUGGGAGCCCUGGGCACUUCCAGCGAGGCAGCACCAUGCUGGCCCCAAAGAAAGGCCUCCUGUGCAACCUCAACCACAUCCACCUGCAGCACAUCUCCCUGGGGCUGCACCUCUCCCGGCACCCCGAGCUCCAGGAGGGCUCCACGGGCCAGGGGGAGCAGACGGGCUGCACGCAGUGCCCGGAGAACCGGGAGCCCGUGGAUGCCAAUUCCAACAAUCCCUCGGUGAAAUGUCGCUGCUGCGAGUCCCACGCUCCGGAGCCGGAGACGCUCGGGCUGCAGAGCCCAGAGGAUUUCCCCUGCCUGCACAGCGGAGACGAGGAGGAGGAGGCGGCUUCCCCUUGUGAUCCCCCUUGUGAUCUGGCUUCCUCCUCCUCCUCCUCCUCCUCCUCUGUCAGUAGCUGCUCGGAUUUCAGCUUGGAUGACUCGCCGGUCUCGGUGUACUGCAAGGAGUUGGCCAGAGCAGAGUGCCAGUCCCCUGACAAGCAGCUGAACGUCAUUCCCACAGAAAAUGCCUGGCAUGGAGAGCCUCUGGAUGAUGGAGAGCUUCUGGAUGAUGGAGAGCUUCUGGAUGAUGGAGAGCCUCUGGAUGAUGGAGAGCCUCUGGCUGAUGGAGAGCUUCUGGCUGAUGGAGAGCGUCUGGCUGAUGGAGAGCGUCUGGCUGAUGGAGAAUCUCUGGCUGACCAGCACAGGACAUGCCAUGGGAGAGAUGCCAACCACAACUCCCCGGUGCCCCCGAGAGCCACCAAGAGCUCUGUGGCCAGCAAGAGCCCAGACAGCCUCUGCAGCAUCAACUCGCUCGAUUCUCACUGCGAGGAGCUCUCUCCCAGCACAGCAGCACCGGAGACCACCGGCACCAGCACCGACCUCGACCCCAACUGCAACCCCCUCCCCGAGCCCGAUGCGGCGCCCGCAGCCCCGCCGCCCGUGCCGGAACGGAGGGACCCCGGUGUCCCGAGCAGCGCUCCGGAGCCGCGGCCCCGGCCCGGCGGGGUCCCUCCCCCGGUGCCCCCUCGGCCCCGGCGGCGGCUGCAGGUGCUGAACGCGCACAGAGCGGAGCAGCAGCUGGGGCCAGAACCCAAAGCUGAGCUCUGCAGAGACGCGGCCACCAAGACCAUCACCUCCUUCCACGAGCUGGCCCAGAGGAGGAAGAGGAACGCGGCUGUGCCCGCGCCCGCCCAGGCCAGGGUUGACCGCAGCGACUGGCUGAUCGUGUUCUCGCCCGACACGGAGCUGCCCCCGGGCAGCGAGCUGCUCUCGGGCACGGCGGGCCAGGAGCCGGCCCGGCCCCAGCCCCAGGGGCAGCAGGACGGGCCAGCCAGGCCCCCCGGCCCCAGGCAGAGAGAGGUGACCACGUUCAAGGAGCUGCGGUCCCGCAGCGCCGCCCGGCAGCCCAAGGGCCCGCGGGCAGAGCCGGCCCAGCACCCCCCGGUGCCCGCCCCGGCCUGGGGACCCGCGGUGUCCCUGGGGGUGACACAGGGUCUGGCAGCCGGCGACGGGCACCAGGCGAGGAGGAGAGCGCGGCCCAGCCUGCAGCCCAUCGCCGAGGGGCAGCCCAGGGAUGUGGAGAAGGGGCGGCUGCCCCCAGGGGAAAAGGGGAUGGGGACAGCCCCGCUGCGGGGGCUCGGGGGGCCCGGCGGGGACCCCGCGGUGCCACGGGCGGCGCAGAGAGGAGAGGAGACCCGCACGGGGGCCAGGCCCGAGCCGCUCCCCGCCGCCGGAGCCGCCGCUGGAGCCGCCGCUGGAGCCGCCCGGCCCGGCGGGGGAAGAGCGGAGGGGCCGCAUGGCGAGCAAGCGAAAGCGCUGCUAGUCGCCGUCAGCUCCGCUGUGGACAAGGUCAUCGCCCACUUCAGCACCGCACGGAACGUGGUGCAGAAGGCCCAGCUGGGGGACAGCCGGCUCAACCCCGACGUGGGCUACCUGCUGCUGCACACCCUGUGCCCUGCGCUCUGCGCCUUGGUGGAGGACGGGCUGAAGCCGUUCCAGAAGGAUGUUAUCACAGGCCAGAGGAGAAACUCCCCCUGGAGCGUGGUGGAAGCCUCGGUGAAGACAGGCCCCAGCAGCCGCUCCCUGCACUCGCUGUGCUGGCACGUGGCCGGGCUGGCCCCUCUCAGCAGCAGCAGGCAGAAGUUCCACGCCUUCAUCCUCGGCCUUCUGAACACUAAACAGCUGGAGUUGUGGAUAUCUCACCUGCAGAAGAGCCCAGGUGUCGUCUCCGUGCUUUACUCCCCCACGGCCUUCUUUGCCCUGAGCCAGGGCCCUCUGCCCCACCUUGCUGACGAGCUCCUGCUGCUCAUCCAGCCCCUCUCGGUGCUGACCUUCCACCUGGACUUGCUCUUUGAGCACCACCACCUCUCCGUGGACGUCCGGCCCUUGUCCCGCCGCCUGCAGCCCCCGCUGUCCCCCGGCCCCGCGCGGGGGUCCCUGGGUGCUGCUGGGGACAGCCUGGAGGAUGAGACCCCUCCUGAUGCCCUGGGCAGGGCGGGGGGCACAGGGGGCCGCUCCCAAGCCGCCGUGGGUGGGUUGGUGCCCGCCCCACCAGUGGGGGCUGCCCUGCAGCAAACCCUGCAGCAGGUGCUGCGCUGGGGCGGCCAAAUCAGCCGCACCUUGCUGGGCUCUGCCACCCCCUCAGAGAGCCAGGAGGGUGCUGGGGGCACCGGGGCUGGCCUCAGUGGCUGGUGGGGCCAGCUGAGCCAGAGCUCCAGGGUUUACACUGCUGCCAGCAAGGAGAAGUCCCCCUCGGUCUGGUGGACGAAGCUGCGGGCAGGGGAGCCCAGCCCGGGCCAGGCUGGGCAACCCCAAAUUUCCCUGAGUGAGCCCAGAGCCACGGAGCUGCAGCUCCUGCAGAGCAAAGCUGGCCCUGAACCCUCUCACCCAAAGCCCAGCAGCAGCACUGACACCUCAGGGAGCUCCUCCCCUGAAGAUCUCUUCUUGCCCACUGGAACCAGAGCGCUCGCCAAGCUGGACGGUCCCGCUGCUGGAAAAAACCUCCUGGCUGCUUCCCCAGAGCCUCCUGCCAGCAGGAGCCAGGCAGGGAUGGCUGAGCCUCCUGACAGGGGCAGCUGGCUGGGCUGGCUCUUUGGAGCCACCAACCCCUCGUGCAGGAGCUUCCCCUGCAGCCCUGACGCCGCCUCGGGCAGGUCCAGGAGGCCGUCCCGCUGGCUGGCCCCCAGCCCCCGUGUCCUGGCCGGGGUGGUGAAGGGGCUGGCACCGGACAGGAGCCGCAGCCCGGAGCCGCAAGCGGGCAGGAGCGAGGCUGGCCCGGCCCCGGGGCGCAGGGCAGUCCGGGCACUGUGUGACCACACGGGCACGGCUGAUGGGCACCUGAGCUUCCACAAAGGGGACAUCCUGGAGCUUCUCUCCACCGUGGAUGAAGACUGGAUCCGCUGCUGCCAUGGCAACAGCACCGGCCUCGUUCCCGUUGGUUACACAUCCCUGAUUUUGUGAGGAGGAGGAGGAGGAGGAGGAGGAAGGGACCUGGGGGAGCAGCCGAGCUCUCCGGAGCGGUGCCAGCUCUGGGUGUCUCCUGUCACCUCCAGAGCUUCCCCAGCUCCGGGGCUGGCGGCUCCCAGGGCGCCCUGCCCUGUGCCUGUCACUGCUGCAUGAGGUCACCGUGUGCCACCGUGUCCCCCCCCCGGCCCCUCCUUGGCAGCUCGGGGGUCCCUCAGCUGCCGCCCACCCCCGUGUCGCCUCCAUCCGUCUGUCCGUCCGUCCGUCCUGCCACUGCUGCCACCUCCAGUGCCCCGCCGUGCACUCUGUAAAUAAUUGUAACCACUGGAAUGAGCUCGUUCCGCCGGGAAAAAAAAAAGCUGGAAAUAAAGGUUGUGGCUCACAACGUUUUGUUCUGGUUUAGGGCAAAUUUGGUAGGGAAUCGCCAAAGCAAACCCACAGGGCUCAUCUCCCCAACCAGUUCGGGAAGGAUCCCUCGGAGACAAGUGGAAAGAACCUGUUUGUUGGACAGGCACAGCACCCCCAGCACACAGAAUGAACAAUACCAGGUGACACCACUAUGACAAAGAUGACAAAUUCAGAAAGUCUCUCUUGGGGUGGUCACUCUGUUAUCAAUCCCUCUGUUCUCAGUCCCUCCUGUGCUGGGGCAGCUGCUGCAGCCACAAGGUGCAAACCCUCGGUGUUCCCAGGGCCCAGCCCAGAGCAGGUUCAAGUUCGUUCCAAAAUGGAAAGGAGAAACAAUCCAGGAAGGAAUUUGGACUGUUCAGCUGAACUAGUUAAUGAGCAGAAGCAAGAGCAAGCAGGAGCAAAGCAGAAGCAAGAGCAAGCUGCCCACCCCCGUGCCAGGGCAGGGACAGCUCCUCUCCCAGCCCCAUGUCACGUCUGUCCGUCUGUCUGUCUGUCCUGCCACCUCCAGUGCCCCGCCGUGCACUCUGUAAAUAAUUACAACCACUGGAAUGAGCUCGUUCUGCAGGGAAAAUAAAAAGCUGGAAAUAAAGGUUGUGGCUCACGUG